UUUUGUUCCACCUCGAUGACGUCACACAGGAGGAAGAACAAAACAAGAUGGCGUCUGGCGGAGAAUACGUUGUUUUGGUUAUUAUGGUUUCUAGGUCUUAAUUACAACGUACAUGUGCACAUGUGUGUCGUUUAACAGAGUAAACGUCGUUAUUAAUUGUUUGUAUGCGGAUACAUUAGUCUGAGUGCACUUAUACGUGCUAGCCUAGCCUGCUGGUUAGCUUAGCUUGUUAGCUGCUAACAAAGAGAGGCGGAAGUGAUCGACACAUCAAAGCAGAGAUCCAAUACGUCUGUCAAGAACAUCUUCAACCUGAGCAACAGAAGUGGAGCUUCAGGAUGCAGACGGAGGAGCCACAGCCCUCCCACAUUAAGAAGGAAGAGGAAUACUUUCAGAUCUCCCAUUUUAAAAAUGAAGUGGAACACCCACUAAUCCCUCAUUUUAAAGAGGAAGAGGAGGAUCCACAGAGCUCUCACAUUAAGGAGGAAGAGGAGGAACACAGCAUCAGUCAGCAUCUUGAAGGACUGGAGGAGUUUGAUGUCACCAAGAUCCCAGUGACUGGUGUCCCUGUGAAGAGUGAAGAUGAUGAGGUCAAAGGUGAGAGUGAGGAGAGGGGAGGGGGGGAGCCUCCAAGCAGCAGCUCAACUCAACACAUGACAACAGAAGCUGAUGGAGACCACUGUGGAGGAUCACAAGCAGACAAGCUCUUAGCUCCACUAUCAGAUAGUGAGGACACAACGUCACACUCUCCUGACACUGAUGAUGAAGACUCUGAAGAUGAUAAGACAUGUCACACUGACAACACACACUUCACAUGUUCUUUCUGUGACAAAAAUUUUAAAUAUUCUGGUGAUUUGAAAAGACACAUGAGAAUACACACUGGAGAGAAACCCUUUUCCUGCUCAGAAUGUGGUAAAGAUUUUAGACUAAUACAAACAAUGAAACAUCACAUGAGAAUACACACUGGAGAAAAACCUUUUUCAUGUUCAAUCUGCGGUAAAGAUUUUAAGCAAAGGCCACAUUUGAAAGUACACAUGAGAAUACACACUGGAGAAAAGCCUUUUUCCUGCUCAGAAUGUGGUAAAAGAUUUGUAUUGAAUGACAAUUUAAAAGUACACAUGAGAACACACACCGGAGAAAAGCCUUUUUCAUGUUCAAUCUGUGGUAAAAAUGUUACUCAAAGGCAAAAUUUGAAAAAACACAUGAGAAUACACACUGGAGAAAAAACAUUUUCAUGUUCAAUCUGUGGUAAAAAUUUUACUCAAAGGCAAUAUUUGAAUACUCACAUGAGAACACACACUGGAGAAACUUUUUCCUGCUCAGAAUGUGGUAAAAGUUUUGUAAGAAAUCAAAGUUUAAAAGAACAUAUGAGAAAACACACUGGAGAAAAAACUUUUUCCUGUAUAGUAUGUGGUAAAAUUUUUGUAAGAAGUCACAAUUUAAAAGUACACAUGAGAACACACACUGGAGAAAAACCUUUUUCAUGUUCAAUCUGCAGUAAAGAUUUUACUCGAAGGGACCAUUUCCAAAAACACAUGAGAACACACACUGAAGAAAAACCGUUUUCAUGCUAAGAAUGUGGUAAACGUGUUGUAAUAAAUUGUAGUUUAAAAGUACACAUGAGAACACACACUGGUGAAAAACCCUUUAUAAGUUCAGUAUGUGGUAAAAGUUAAAUAGAAAGACAGCAAUUAAAAUCACACAUGGGAACACACUCGUGUGAAAAACCAUACUCCUGUUCAAGCUGCAACAAAAGCUUUUGUCACCGAAAAUCUUGUAGAAUACACAUGAGAACACACACAGGUGAGAAAGUGUGGAGUUGCAGUGUGUGUGGUGAAAGAUUCUCUUCUAAGUACCAGUGUAAGAAACACAAGUGUGCUGGUGAGAACAGCAGCAGCAAAUGAAGAUGCAGGAUUUGAAAUAAACUGUCAAAACUUGAACUUUGACUUUCUAACAACAUCAGCACAUAUAACAUGUGUGACAUCAUUGUUGUGUGUGUAACACAAUCUUGUUAAUAUGAUUCUAACAUUUAUAGAUUAGACACUUCAGAUUAGUGCUUUUAUUUCAGUCAAGUACAUGAGUUAAUAUACACAUUUGUGUACUUUAAAAUGAACAGAACAAUUUGACUGAAAAGGUGAGAAUAAACAGUACAUAAAAUAUGUUACAUACAAUAAACAUUUAAUGUGUAGAUAUUCAUAGAUCACUUUUUAUAAUUAUUCAUAAGUGUUGUAUAUAUGUUUUUUGAAUAAUGAAGUGUUACAUAUUUUAUUUUCUAAUUGUAGAUGAUUCCAUAGAUGAACUCCUUUAUAUGAUGUACAUAUUUGUUUUACAUGUGUUCAUACCUUUGCUUUUGAGUACACAUAAAUCCCUCUUAGUUCAUAUUUACUGGUUCACAUCUGAAACAUCUUCUGGACCACUUCUGGAAGCAUAUUAUUAUUUACUUUAUACAUCAUUUGAACAGUUGUCUUUUAUACAAGAUCAUUUACUUUUAAAAUGUGUGACUUUGUGAAACAUGUGUUGGGUCUCUAUAAUCCAUUCUAUUAAUUAUCUGUAUUACUCUCUUUUGUAAUAUGAAUAUUGUUUUUUGAGUGUUUUAUAUGUAUGUCCCCAGACCUUUAUGCAAUAAACAAUGUAUGCUUCAACUAAAGUUGGGUACAAUAAAUGUAGUUAAUAUUUGUGA